AUGUUUUGGUGGCUUUAUGGAGCUCACACCACUCAAUCUCAGCGCCUUUCGAGACCGCUCAUCAUGUGGCUACAAGGAGGCCCUGGUGCUUCGUCUACGGGAUUCGGAAAUUUCGAAGAACUUGGUCCACUAACCGUGAAGCUUACGCCGCGAAACACAACUUGGCUGCGAGCCGCUAAUGUGCUGUUCGUCGAUAACCCAGUGGGGGCAGGCUACAGCUAUGUCACUGACAAGAGUGCUUUUACCACAAACGUAACAGGCAAGUGUCUUCUGCAGUGUAUAAUAAUUUAAUACCAGUAUUCAGUAAUCCGUUGAAAAUGGUUGUCUGUUUGAAUACCACCUAACUUUGUACAAGCUGAGGCCUCUUUCGAACCAAUUUCGGUCUGCUUAACUUGUUUGCGGAAAGGUGAUAGAAUGGAGUUGGGGUUGGCGGAGGGUAGUCGGGUGGGGUUGAGAUGUUGUGAUGCGCUUCGCUACUUUAGGUUUCAUUUCUGCCUGUUAAAUUCCCCCGGGUUUCAGAGCUAAUAAUUUGUGAUAUUUUCCAAAUAUGAUACAUUGUUUUUUUUCCCAAUAAAUAAUACUUUUUAAACAACAUUGCAAAAUGUAUUCUGCUGACGAGUAGGAUGGAGUGGAUGUUUCAUUGUGCGCUUAAAAAAUUUUACAUUUAUCAUUUGUUUCCUAUAGGUUUGAAACUAAUACUCGCCAGGAUUAGGAAAAUGCAAUUUUUUUAACUGCCAAAUAUGAGCUUGCCAAGGACUUCAGUUCUAUAUAGGAUUUUUAGGUUCUUAAUGUACUGGGACAAUUAUUGUGAAAUUCCAUUGUAGCUUGCAGAAUAGGCAUAGUUUUUUCAGGUUUUUCAGGGAAGCAUGGAGUGCAAGAUAUGCAUGUCGGGGGAAGUCACAGAAAAAAAUAAAUAUUUUUUCGGCAGCUUUCCCCCUUUGCAGUGUCUCAGUUUCUCCAAGCCUACCUUCACUAGACAAAAAAAUGUGUAAAAUUAAUGACUGUUCAUAUUUGGCAGGGCAUAUUAUGCUUAACACAUGACAUUGGCUUCAUUAAGAAAAUGGGCAUAAAUGCUGAAUUGAAAACAGCUACUGAUGACACAGGACACCCAAGAAAAGACUAAACUUGCACAAUAACAGCCAGUAUAGGUAAAUGUAUCGUUGAGUAGUAAUAAUACAUAACGAUGUGACUCAUCAGUCAGACUGUAAUCAAUGGAUUAUUAUAGUGAUUGAGCAUUCAUAUUCUUCAUAGGGAUAGCAAAUGAUCUUGUCACUCUGUUCAAGGCUUUCCUGGGUAAGCAACCUGUGUUCCAGGAGAUACCUUUUUACAUUUUUUGUGAGUCUUACGGAGGCAAAAUGACAUCAGCCUUUGGUGUGGCUCUAUAUCAAGCUAUUCAGGCUGGAAUGAUCAAAUGCAACUUCAAAGGAGUAGCGCUAGGAGAUUCAUGGAUUUCACCAGUUGACUCAGUGGUAACCUGGGGACCCUAUCUUUAUGCUGUAUCACUACUUGAUGAUAAAGAUCUGAAAUUAGUGAACAGUGCAGCCCAAGAAACUGCCAAUGCUGUUGCCAAGGGGCAAUAUGAAAAAGCCACUGAACUCUGGGAUAAAACAGAGACUGUCAUUGCUAAGAAAACUGACAAUGUCAACGUGUAUAACAUUCUUCAACACAAUACUCCAGCCUUCCCCACAUCUCAGUCCCGAAAGAAUGCUGUCCUUGAUCGUUUAUAUAAUCGCCAUGUUGGUCUCCUCCAUGCUGACCCCUUGACAGAACUCAUGAAUGGACCAAUCAGAAAGAAGUUACGUAUAAUACCUGGAAAUGUCACCUGGGGAGGCCAAUCUGGAGACGUCUUUACAUAUCAGUCAGAAGAUUUCAUGAAGCCCGUGAUAUCUGAUGUCAGCAAACUUCUGAGUUAUGGUCUGAAAGUUGUCAUCUAUCAAGGUCAGUUGGACAUGAUCUGUGAUACACUAGGUGCAGAGAAGUGGAUUGCAAAACUUGAUUGGGACGGACUACAAGAAUUUCAAAAUACUGACCGAGUCCCACUUUAUCCACCAUCUGGCCAGAAGGAUAGGCAUACGGGAGCAUUUUACAAGGCUUACAGGAAUUUAGAACUUUAUUAUAUCCUGUUGGCAGGGCAUAUGGUUCCUUCUGAUAAUGGAGAGAUGGCUUUGGAAAUGGUUGAAAGAAUUAUUAAUCAAGAUAAUAGCAAAUCAGCGCUGUGAUUCACACAAGGCUGAUUACAAAUGCAUGCAAUGAGUUUUUUUUGUGCUCUAAAUAUACAUGUAGGUGCUUAUACAGUAGUUGCAUUGCAACUGUCUCACACACACCAUAAACAUGAAUUCAAGAUCAAGAGACUAAUUCUACAAUCAUGCCAAUAAAUAAAUGUCAGUUUAAUCAAGCUAAAAGCAUAUUUGUUUUUACGUUUCUACCCAUAUUGUUUUUAGUCAUGGCUGACCUCUAAUGUUGUGGUUUCUUUGUUUAUUUAUUUUCUUAACACCACUAUUUUUUACCAAAAAAUUGAUAAGUAUACCUUUACAAUUGAUUCUACAUAGCUAACUCUAAUAAAAAUAAAAAUAAAAAUCUUGAUUUGUUGGUUAACUGAUUGCUUAUUAUCAGAUCAUAGUUAUUGGCUGAAACUUAUCAUACUCUAAGGUACAGGUUGUACCAUAC